AUGUCUACCUCGCCGCUACGCCUGGGCAUCCUCGGCGCCUCCGACGCCGUCCCAGCCAUCUAUCUCCCCAUCCUACACACCCUCCCGAAACAAUAUCACUUAACCAUCAUCUACGAUCCGAACAGCCACCAUGCCGAGGCUUGCAAGUCCAAGUUCAACAUCACACACACCACAACAGACAUUCAGGAAGUCCUGCACCACCCGGAGGUUGACCUAAUCCUCAACCUGCUGCCAACAGAAUACCACGAGAAAUACACCGUGGCCGCCUUGGAAGCCGGCAAGCACGUCAUGGUCGAGGUGCCGCUGUGCAUGGGCAUCCAGGGCCUGCGACGCAUCCGCGACGCCAUCAAGAAGGGCCAGACGGUGCGGGCUCAGGGCGAGGGCGAUGGUGAGGGCAGCAUGGUCGACAAGCCCAAGAUCUUUAUGGGAUGUGUGCGUCGGUAUGCGCCGGUCGUGGAGGAUGUCUUCAAGAAGGAGCUUGCCAGUUUGGGACGCGUGUACUACGCGCGCUGUCGCAAUAUCGCCGGUUCGAUGAAUAACGUCGUCGGCGCGCUCAACGGCACAUCUGAUACAAAUAGAAACAACAGCACCAAUGGAGCCAGCACGCAUAGCGCCACCGAAUUCCACUCCAUCAUUUCCGAAAUUUUCGGCACCCCCGAAGACCUAACCCCAGACCGCGUCGCCUUCUGCCGCUGGCUCGGCACAAUGGGCUGCCACGAUCUCUCCCUGAUGCGCGAGACGCUGGGGUUCCCCAACGCUGUGUCCAACGUCUGCAUAACAGACCCGUUCUACUCGGCUAUCUUCCACUACACGGACACGAAGCAUGAUGACAGCCACCCGUUUACGCUGCUGUACGAGGCAGGCGUGGAUGCAGUCCCACGCUGCGAUGCCCAUUUGACGGUAUACGGGGCGCGCAAGACGGUUAGUUUGCAGUAUGAUUUUCCCUGUCCUGGGGAGAGUAUUGGGCAGGGACGGGUGAUGCGUGUUGUUGUGGAGGAGAGUGUGGAUGGGGAUGGGGAGGAUGUGAAUGGGGAUGGACAUGGCUUCAGCGAGGGCAGCACAAGCAACGGAGUGGCUCGACCUCGAGUUAAGAGGACUGAAACAGUCAGCUCCUGUGAAGAGGCAUACGCGCACGAACUCUCGGCGCUGCAUGCCUACUUGGUCGACGAUGUCCCUGCAAAAACAUCCGCCGAUGACGCCUUGCUGGAUCUGAGAAUGCUGUGCAUGAUCUUCGAGCAUUAUGACCGUCAAUGCGGAACUAUUCGCACACCCCUGGGUUAA